AUGCCGACAUUGUCUCUCCAACGGGCAACAAACCGGUUACACAAGCAUGUCUUCCCGCAAGAAACUCUGGCUCAACUUGGGAAGGACGAGCAACUUGAGUCUCGGCAAUUUGGCAAUGGGUUUGAUCGUCUCCAUAACUGGAGUGGCGUUGCUGGAUCUGGCCGAGUUAUAUGGAUCACGCCUCGCCAGCAUAUCCUAUCUCCUCACAACCCGUGGCGUAGGCCACCUCUUGGGCUCGCUUCUUGGAGGUAAACUGUUCGACACUUACAACACACAAUUGAUAACAAUACUGGCCAUGGCGGUGACCUGUGCCGCUGUAGUCCUGACUCCGCUCGGUGGUUACCUGGCGUUGGCCCACAUCGCCAUAUUCUUGUGUGGACUCGGCAUUGCUUCAUUCAUCACAGGUGCGUCCGUGUGGAUCAUCAGGAUGUGGCCAGCGAACACCAGCCCACCGCUGCAGGUCUUCCACUUGGCUUUUGGCAUCGGCGGCAUCCUGGGCCCAUUCGUUGCCCGACCGUUCCUGUCCGCAGGUACCGGUGAGAACUCUACGGCACUAAAUGUCACCGAGACGGCAGACCAGAGUCAUAUACACACGAGUCUCUAUCCCGUCGACCUAAUGGAAAUGUUGCAUCCCGCCACAGCGGGAAAGGACAUGGGCACAAGCCACGUCUACUGCGCCUUCGGGAUUGCCGGUGGACUUUACUUAGCCGUGACCAUCUCACUGGUACUUCUGUACUUCGUGGACAACAGGGACUUCAAAGCGGGCGCGGUACCCGCCACGAACGAUACGUCCUUGGCCGACAACAGACCAAGUGUUCCCGUCCGGUACACCCGGACUGUCCUAGCGUUCAUGUGUAUUUAUUCGACCUUUAAUGCUGCGCACGGGAACACCACGUCUGAGAUGCUGGCGUCGUUCGCUGUCAAGAGUGACCUGCGCUUCUCGAAGUCCACCGCUUCUGGCGUAGAGUCCACGUUUUUCCUGUGCGUGGCGGCGAGUCGUCUAUGUGCCGCCCUGGUGACUAUCAAAGUGCCCGUCUUUUGGAUCUUGGUGCUCGCACACGUCAUUCUCCUCCCUACAGCAGCCGUGCUCGCCGUGUUCGGUUCAAGGAGCGCAGCGGUAUUCUGGGCCGGCGCGGCGCUCACGGGGAUAGAUUCCCCAGCACGUUCCAUUCGCUUGGCUUUGCUUUUACAACGUGUGUGA